GUAAAAACUACUCCCAAGCAUACCUGAAAUGCGUUAACUACCAAAAUCACAUCUCUUUCACUUCCCCUUCCUAAUUUUUCCCUCCCUCAAAAGCGCAAAUUAGCACUUUCCCGCCCUGCAACACUACCAUAUCCUCCGACCGGGAAAUGGUUCAUCCGGUGGAAGACGCCGACGAGCGGAGCCCCUUCGGCUCUCUUACGGAGGACGAGUUCUACACUCACCAUUCUGUGAGUCACGGCUCCGAGUUCAUCGCCAAUUCCAGAGGCCUUAAGCUGUUCACUCAGUGGUGGAUCCCUCUCGCUCCGGUCAAGCCAAUCGGAAUCGUCGCCGUCGUUCAUGGCUUCACCGGCGAAUCUAGCUGGCUAGUUCAACUUACCGCCGUGCAUUUUACCAAAGCCGGAUUUAUCACUUGCGCUAUCGAUCAUCAAGGCCAUGGAUUCUCCGACGGCCUUCAGUAUCACAUACCUGACAUUAAUCCCGUUGUUGACGACUGUAUUACGUUCUUUGACGCGUUUCGUGAGCGUCACGCGCCGUCGUUGCCUUCCUUCCUCUACUCCGAGUCGCUCGGCGGUGCGCUUGCUCUUCUGAUAACGCUCCGUCAGAAAUCGACGACCCAGGGCUUGCGAUCGUGGAACGGUGUCGUUCUGAACGGCGCCAUGUGCGGAAUCAGCGCCAAGUUCAAACCGCCAUGGCCACUGGAGCACUUUCUGUCCCUAGCCGCCGCUCUGAUUCCGACUUGGCGCGUGGUUCCCACCCGCGGAUCUAUACCAGAGGUAUCCUUCAAAGUCGAUUGGAAGCGGAAGCUUGCGAUGGCGAGUCCUCGACGUGUGGCGGCGCGUCCUCGCGCUGCGACGGCACAGGAACUUAUGAGAGUGUGCAGAGAGUUGCAGGAGAGGUUCAACGAGGUGGAGGUUCCUCUACUGAUAACGCAUGGCGGCGGCGAUGUGAUCUGCGAUCCGGCGUGCGUGGAGGAGCUGUACCGACGCGCCGCCAGUAGGGACAAGACGCUUAAGAUAUAUCCAGGUAUGUGGCACCAAUUGAUUGGAGAACCUAGAGAGAAUGUGGAGCUUGUUUUUGGGGAUAUGGUUGAGUGGCUCCGAAGUAGGGCCACCGUAGAUGCCUCUACAACGGCGGCCGGAGGGGAGUGAGCCGCCGUCGAGAAAUCUGCAAACAGCCUUAAUUAUUUCGGUUGAGUUCCAUUGCAAGUUUGAUUAGGAUGAAUUCUACAAAUCUUUUAUUUAUUUUUAAUUUUCUUUAAACUAAACAGGUGAUGACAUUAUUUUAA